CAAUCGAUAACUGUGCUUACUCUACAUGACGCACAUGUAUGCUGGCCGUUCGGGUCCGCGCUCUCACUUCAGGUUUCGCCCAGUAAGCUUACGUCGAGAACAUUCACUCAUAGUCUACUGUUCCUUUUAACUACCUGCGUUUUUAUCACUGAUUAGCUCGAAAAAAGAGAAACUAAUGACGCGCUGGCAAUGAACAGUAUUCAUGCCGUGAAUAACGAGAUUGCGCGGGGUUUGCCUGGUGAUCUAACGAAGAAGAGGUCUUCGUGAUGAGACCACUACCCGAUGGAUCGUCAGUUAGUGUGUCAUCCCAGCUGCAAGCGCACCUUAUCCCUAAACAGCUCAAAUAACGUCACAUUCGAUUAGCAACAAGCCAAUGCCGCCGCGACCUUCGUUCACGCCCGCCAUGCACGAUUCCGCGGCAUGGGAGACCAGUCUUCGCUCCUCUGAGUCGUCCGGUGGAGAAGCUGCCACUUUUUCGAGCGAGAGCUACCAAGUCUGGCUGCAGGACGACGCAGAGGCUCAAACUGCAGUGAAAGCCACUCGCAAGCGCAGCAAACAGGGGAGCUCCGGCUCGGACAAGAAGCGCAAAACCACUUAUGAUAUUCGGCGAGAGCAGAAGGUGGAGCUGACGACACAAGUGGAGAGGCUACAGAAGCAACUCGACGAGCUUAAGUAUCGAGUGCUGGUGGAGCAGGGAGAAGCUGCCAAAUCCAAUGAACGCGCGGCAGCGGGGAAUGCUGUGCUGCAUGAAUUUAUCCAGCAGCAACACUUGGAGCUCGCUAAAAUGCAGGCAAUGCUUGCCGGGCACCUGCAACAAAAUGCAGACUCGCUGCAUCCAGCCCAGACAAUUAUUCGGUUGGGAACAGAUCCUAUCGAACGUCACAACGUGCUGGUGGCACUUAAAGAUAAAAAGCUGCGAGAUGCGAAGCAAUUCAUCACAACGCGAAGCCUGGGGCUGGACCCCAGGUCUUCGUACAACCAAGAGGAACGGAAUAACGGUGACAGCUUCUGUCAAAUAAUUUUUGAAAACCGAGCCAUCAAAGGAGCCAACGCGAGGGAAAUCUUCGACGCUUUUAUUGAUGUCUCUCAGAACGCCGAAAUCAUCAUCUCCGAGCUGUUCGGUAGCAUUACUAUCCGAGAAAACAACGAAGCAGACACGCGGGAUAUCUCGCAGAUGCGCUUCGUGACGUCAACUUCGCAGGGAACUUUAGUGGAGUCCAACACGGUCAUGUUCACGGAGUUUGUAGAGGCCAAGGACGACCAAGAUGAAAGCUGUGGAGUGAUUGUGGCAGAUUUUGUCGAUUCGGAUGAGCUUUACCCUUACAAACCAGAGGAAAGAGUUCGACGAGACACGACUACUGUAUUCAUGAUUCGUUCAUUCAAGGAAAAAGCAAUAGAUUCAGAUGAUGAAGAACUCCUGGUUGUGGCCACUCGAUGGACAUGCUCGAAGAUCCGACGUAGCAAAAAGGAUCUAUCAGCUGAUGCUUUGCAAGAAUUGCAAGAGAGCACUGUUUCCUUUGGUGACACGAUGAAGAAGUGCAUUCAGCAACGGCUAGGGAAAGCGAACUUGUACGGCGUGAAAGGGUCGCAAUAAAUGGGAAGUUGAUGUUUAUGCUUCGAGCUAUAAGGGUGGAGCUGGCGGCUACGGAAACACCAAUCCUGGAUAUCUUUUUCUGAGACAAUGAACAGAUAACUGUAGGUUGAGCAAGACUCGGAAGUACGUUCUGUUUCUCACAACUCGAACUUGGCUAGAACAACCUAUGAAACCUAACUGCACCAAGAUGUUGCCUACAUUAGUAAGUCGCUACUUCCAAAGAGCGUGAGUUGCGGAGUAUUUCAGUCGCACAUAACCCGUUAGCAAGAUAUUCAUUUUCAGACGC